AUGCAGGAGCUGGCUCGUGGUCUGGGGGAGCUGCUCUCCUACGAAGGGAACGUGGAGGAGGACUUCUACCUCAGCUUCCAGGUGUUCCAGGAGGAGAUGGGUGUCGUCAAAGCAUUUAACCUGAAAACUGGUGGAGACAAGAUCCCAGUGACCAAACACAACCGCAGAGAGUAUGUGCAGCUCUACGUGGACUUCCUGCUGAACAAGAGUAUGUACAAACAGUUCGCCGCCUUCUACCACGGCUUCCACAGCGUGUGUGCUUCAGACGCCCUCAUGUUGCUGAGACCAGAGGAGGUGGAGAUGCUGGUGUGUGGGAGUCCAGAGCUGGACCUGAGCGCUCUGCAGAAGGCGGCGCAGUACGAAGGCUACAGCAGGAACGACUGCACUGUGAGGUGUUUCUGGGAUGUGGUUCUGUCGUUUCCUCUGGAGCUGCAGAAGAAGCUGCUGCACUUCACCACCGGCAGUGACCGAGUCCCUGUGGGCGGAAUGUUAGACCUCAACUUUAAAAUCUCUAAGAUCGACGUCUCCACGGACUGGUUGUCUCCUGGUGUUGAGGUAGUCUCUUGGUGUUGGGGGAGUCUCCUGGUGUUGGGGGAGUCUCUUGGUGUUGGGGGAGUCUCCUGGUGUUGGGGGAGUCUCCUGGUGUUGAGGUUGUAUCCUGGUGUUGAGGUAGUAUCCUGGUGUUGGGGGAGUCUCCUGGUGUUGGGGGAGUCUCCUGGUGUUGGGGGAGUCUCUUGGUGUUGGGGGAGUCUCCUAGUGUUGGGGGAGUCUCCUGGUGUUGGGGGAGUCUCCUGGUGUUGGGGGAGUCUCCUGGUGUUGGGGGAGUCUCCUGGUGUUGAGGUAGUCUCUUGGUGUUGGGGGAGUCUCCUGGUGUUGGGGGAGUCUCUUGGUUUUUUUGGGGAGUCUCCUGGUGUUGGGGGAGUCUCUUGGUGUUGGGGGAGUCUCCUGGUGUUGGGGAGUCUCUUGGUUUUUUGGGGAGUCUCCUGGUAUUGGGGGAGUCUCUUGGUGUUGGGGGAGUCUCUUGGUGUUGGGGGAGUCUCCUGGUGUUGGGGGAGUCUCCUGUAUCCUGGUGUUGGGGGAGUCUCCUGGUGUUGGGGGAGUCUCUUGGUGUUGGGGGAGUCUCCUGGUGUUGGGGGAGUCUCUUGGUGUUGGGGGAGUCUCCUGGUGUUGGGGGAGUCUCCUGGUGUUGAGGUAGUCUCUUGGUGUUGGGGGAGUCUCUUGGUUUUUUUGGGGAGUCUCCUGGUGUUGGGGGAGUCUCUUGGUGUUGGGGGAGUCUCUUGGUGUUGGGGGAGUCUCCUGGUGUUGGGGGAGUCUCCUGGUUUUGGGGGAGUCUCCUGGUGUUGGGGGAGUCUCUUGGUUUUUUGGGGAGUCUCCUGGUAUUGGGGGAGUCUCUUGGUGUUGGGGGAGUCUCUUGGUGUUGGGGGAGUCUCCUGGUGUUGGGGGAGUCUCCUGGUGUUGGGGGAGUCUCCUGGUGUUGAGGUAGUCUCUUGGUGUUGGGAGAGUCUCCUGGUGUUGGGGGAGUCUCCUGGUGUUGAGGUUGUAUCCUGGUGUUGGUGGAGUCUCCUGGUGUUGGUGGAGUCUCCUGGUGUUGGGGGGUCUCCUGGUGUUGGGGGAGUCUCCUGGUGUUGGUGGAGUCUCUUGGUGUUGGGGGAGUCUCCUGGUGUUGGGGGAGUCUCCUGGUGUUGGGGGAGUCUCCUGGUGUUGGGGGAGUCUCCUGGUGUUGGUGGAGUCUCCUGGUGUUGGGGGAGUCUCCUGGUGCUGCCCAUCUCCCACACCUGCUUCAACCAGAUCUGUCUGCCGCCGUAUCGUACCAGGAAGGAGCUCAAGCACAAGCUGACCAUCGCCAUCUCCAACGCCGAGGGCUUCGGCCUGGAGUGA